AAAAUACUUUUUUUUAUCUGAUCUUCUUAGAUGAAAAAAUAAUAUUUGUAUAUAAUGUGAUUUCAGAAAAAAAAAAGUUCGCACAAAUGAUCUUGAUAUUAGAAAAAAAAACAUUUUUCUUUUAAAACAUAAUUUUACACAAUACAAAUAUAUUUUUCAAAGUAAUUGAAUUUAUAUAUAUAUUUUUUUUCUUAGAUGAUUGCACAAAAUAACUAAGUAACAUAAACGUAUAUAGGUUUAAUUGACAAAAAAUAAUUUUUUAUAUUAUUAUUGAAAUAUUUUUUGUUUUUUUAUAUAUUUAGUUUACUAUAAUAUCUUACAAUUACAAGAUAAUAAAUAAAUUUUAGUUUACCUAUAUAAUAUAAUUUAUAAAAUACAAUCACAUUUUUACUGCAUAUUUUAAGAGAUAUUGAAAAAAAAAAAAUUUAGCAAUAAACAUAUUAACAAAUGAACAUAUUAUCAACUAAUCUAACUUAUAUCUAAAAUCAUAGAUGUAACUAAAAUAAGAAUGUAUAAUUUAUUAGCAACUAACCCAACUUAUAUAUAAAAUCAUAGAUGUAACUACAAUAAGAAUGUAUAAUUUAUUUUAUUUUGUUUAAAAAAUAAUAUUUUUUAUAUUAUAAUAAUUUGUUUAUUUUAUAAAUUUAAAUUAUAUGAUGACUUAAAACAUAUUAACAAAUGGAAAAUAAAAUAUUAACUCACUGUUACAAUUAGAUCUUUUGUAAAAUUUAUAUAUAUGCAUGAGACUUUAGAAUAUUAUCAUUAUAUUAAUUUAUGUAAUUUGGAAUCAAACAUUUUAGUUUAUUUUUUAUUUCAUUAUAAUCACAAUAUAUCUUAAAUUAUACAUAAUCUUAAUAAAAUAUACUUAUGUAUUUAAGACAAUAAACAACCUAAAAUGCAAAUAUUAAUAUAUUUACAAAAAAUAAAUAUUAUAGUUGAAUUCAAAUAAAUAGACAGAAUCCAAUAUGUCCAAAUGACAACUAAAUUGACUGUAAAAACAACAAAACCGAUUAAAUAUAAAUAUUUAAUUAAAGUAAUAUGAUAUAACUAAUAUAAAUUAUAUACACAAAUUAUAAAUUAAUUUAAAAUUAAAAAUAAAUAUCAAUUAAUUAUUAUAUUAUAUUUAUUAUAUAAAUAUUUAUGUCCGUACAUGAGCACGGGAAAAUCACUUAGUGGUAAGUAAAAGCAAAGAAGGAGAAUGAAUUUUCCAUUUGUCGUAUUUCUGUGUUAAAUGAUAAUAGUCAAGAUAAAUAGUUAAUAUAAAAUUUUAAAGUAAAAGAUAAAAUAAUAUCCACCUAAGUCUGUAGGGAUAAUCUAUAAAUACGGAAGUAGGGGCGCUGUGACCAAAACCCUUUUCGCCUAUCAAAACAAGUUCAGCGAUGGAUCAGAGCGAGAGCAAUCCUCCUCCAGUGACUCCCAUGUGGUCGGAGCUUUAUCCAGACUUGCUACGUAGUGUUUUCCAAAGAUUGAGUUUCACAAAUCUCAAUCGAGCUAAAUCAGUUUGUAGGUCGUGGAACUCUGCUUUGAGAAGCUGCGUCCCCAAGCAAAAUCAGAUUCCUUGGCUGAUACUCUUCCCUCGAGAGAACCAAACCGAUAGCAACAAUAGCUGUGUUUUAUUCAUUCCAGAGGAUAAAGACAACCUUUACAAGACACGAGAUCUAGGUGCUGAGUUUACACGGAGUUGUUGUAUUGCGAGUUACGGUAGCUGGCUCUUGAUGUUUGGCCACUUUCAGAAUCUCUACAUUAUCAAUCCAUUGACGUUAGAGAGAUUUGAUCUACCACAGUACUCUUCAUUAUCUAAAGUCUUGAUCAGACCACCGCGGCUAGCUUGUCUCUGGGUAGACAGCAAUAAUAUAACCAAAAAUUACCUAGUCGUUUGGAUCUUGGAUGACCAUAUGGUUUACACUAGGAAAGGUGAUGGCGGGUGGAGGAGAAUCGCCAGACUUUGUCCCGCUGCUCAAAUUAUCUAUAACAGCAAAGAUCACAAGGUCUACAUUGCUCCAGACAUUUCUUGGAGAGUCUUUGUUUGGGAUUUCUCUGAGGAUAUCCCACGCCAAAAUGGGUAUAUUUUACCUUUUGAUGUCGAGAGAGAUGCCCUUGUCGAUGCCAUUGAUUGGAAUAUGGGUUUUAAAUUCGAUAUAAUGAUUGCAACUUCAGUAUCUGGACAAGUUCUCCUUGUAGCGUGUAUGGUGCAGGAUUCCAGGUGGCAGUUUCGCAUCUACGCGUACGAUCCUCUAACUAAUACACGGGAAAGAGUGAAUGAUUUAGGUGAUGAGGCUCUAAUCUUGGACAUGGGUUUCACUGUUGUUGUAGCCAAAGAUAUCCCUGGGAUUAAGAGAAACUCUAUCUAUUUCAGUGGCUUCAAUAUCGAUCAUCAGAGGCUUCAGAGCAAGGAUCCCGAACAUAUAUUUGUCUAUGAUCUCGGCACCCAAACCACAGAGCGUUUGCCACAAUGGGUUGUCUCCUCAGUAGGCUUCUCUGAUGCUCGAUGGUUCUUCUCGGAUACUAACCAUUAAUUAGACUCGUUUCUAUUUCCAUUGAGGAUUAUAUAUUUUGGUUUUAAACCUAACUAAUAUGUUGGUUUUGUCCUCUGAUCGUUAGUAUAUUCGUGUUAUUCAUAUGUUUUUUUUUGUUUUAGAUUUCAUCACACUUCAACUGCUAAAUGUUUCAAUUUUCUUAUUCUGGUACGUACACAGUAAAGUAAUAGUUUAUCCUAUAAACUAUAAAGGUCACAUAUCAUCAACGAAUGACCAGGUCUACUACAUUCUCUAACCGGAAGCUCGACUAAUCUUGAUUUACUUUCUCAGAAUAAUGUGCAUGCCAUGACUUAGAAGCUUAGAAAAA